AUGAAAUUACAUUUUCAUCCUCGCCUCCGUCUCUCACUCCUCUUCUUCUGUUUCCUCUUCAGUGCGACUAUGUCGUCGAACCAGCACGAUUACUCCGAUGCACUCUCCAAAUCAAUCCUCUUCUUCGAAGGCCAACGCUCCGGUUUCCUCCCAAACGACCAGCGACUGAAGUGGCGACGGAAUUCCGGUCUGAGUGACGGCUGGACUCACAAUACCGAUUUAACGGGCGGUUACUACGACGCCGGGGACAACGUAAAAUUCAAUUUUCCGAUGGCUUUCACAACCACAAUGCUCGCCUGGAGCGUAAUCGAAUUCGGGGAGCUCAUGCCAUCGUCGGAGCUUCGUAACGCACUCGUCGCUCUCCGGUGGAGCUCUAAUUACCUCCUCAAAUCCGUUUCGCAGCUACCUAACCGCAUCUUCGUCCAGGUAGGUGAUCCCAUUGCGGAUCAUAAUUGCUGGGAAAGGCCUGAAGAUAUGGAUACACCACGUACUGCUUACGUCGUAAAUGCUCCCAAUCCGGCUUCUGAAGUGGCCGGAGAAAUCACGGCGGCCCUCUCAGCCGCUUCUAUUUCUUUCCGGUCAUCCGAUCCAGGCUACUCUCAAACAUUGCUCCAAAACGCCGUGAAAACGUUUCAGUUCGCUGACAUGUACCGUGGUGCUUAUAGUAGCAAUGACGAUAUCAAAAACGAUGUUUGUCCUUUUUACUGCGAUUUCAAUGGAUUUCAGGAUGAGUUGUUGUGGGGAGCAGCUUGGCUAAGGAAAGCGACUGGUGAUGAAACUUACCUAAACUAUAUUGAGAGUAACCGUGAACCCUUUGGUGCUAGCGAGAACGUCGACGAAUUUGGUUGGGACAACAAAGUCGGUGGACUUAAUGUUCUCGUUUCAAAGGAAGUUGUAGAAGGGAACAUGUACAACUUAGAGGCGUACAAGUCAUCGGCGGAGAGCUUCAUGUGUAGUCUGGUGCCGGAGUCUCCGGGAACACACGUUGAGUAUACUCCCGGCGGUCUACUAUACAAGCCCGGAGGUAGCCAGCUCCAGCAUGCAACCACCAUAUCAUUCCUCCUCCUUGUGUACGCUCAGUAUCUCUCUAGAAGCUCUCUCUCCCUCAAUUGCGGCACCCUCGUCGUCCCUCCUGAUUAUCUCCGCCGUCUCGCCAAGAAACAGGUGGACUAUAUUUUGGGGGAGAAUCCGAUGGGAUUAUCGUACAUGGUCGGGUACGGGGAGAGGUAUCCAAAGAGGAUCCACCACCGUGGCUCAUCACUUCCGUCGAUUGUGGAUCAUCCAGGAACCAUCGGGUGCAAAGACGGGUCGGUUUAUUUCAAUUCGACCGAACCAAACCCGAACGUUUUGAUAGGAGCCGUGGUGGGUGGGCCCGGAGAGGAUGAUAAGUACGAUGAUGACCGGGCCGAUUUCCGCAAGUCCGAGCCAACUACUUACAUUAAUGCUCCUUUCGUUGGGGUAUUGGCUUACUUUGCAGCCAAUCCUGGUUUUCGCUAA